CGUCUUUUGUCUUUGUUUACCUCCGCUCCGCCAUUUCUUGGUUAUGUCUCCAUGUCUCCGUUUCGGUGCCUGUCUUUUGAAUUGAAUUUCGAAUUACUAGUUUAACUUUUAUACGUGAUUUGAAACUGUUCCCAAAUCCCAAAGGCAAUAUAUUAGAAUUGCUACGCUAGAAAAUGAGUGUUACUCCUACUCCAUCGGAUGAUGGCGAUGAUUUCGAUCUCUAUGCUGAUUUAGAAGAGGAGAACUGUCACACAGCGAAUACCAAACAACAAAAUGAAGAAUGUGAAGCCAUGAAAAUGAAACUUCAGAAACUACAGUCUGACUUAGAACAGUUACGUAGUCACAAUGAAAAACUAAUUGCUGAAAACUUAAGUAUUUCAUGCAACAUAUCAGUUCUCUACAAAACUGCUGCAGCUGAAGUAAAACGCAAAGAUACCAAAAUUGCUGAACUUUAUCGAGAAUUGGACAACUUAGCUUUUCGACGAACUGCCAAAAAGCGUAAUGUCAGUCAGCCAACUGUGUCUGAAAGAAAUAUGCCUUCUGCAAAUGAAGGUAAUAUUUCUAAACCAGAGUUGCAGCAUUCUACUCAUCAAUCAUUAACUUCAACUAUUAGUUUGCCUAAUACAAAUGAAGUUGAUGUUUCCAAACAAAACUCAUGUUCUGGCCUGCCAUUAUUUGCUGCAGGAAACAAAUGCACUCCUAUGACUGACGAUGUGUCGAAACCAGACAUACAGCAAUCCAGAACUUCAUCUGUUUCAGGGAGGGAUGUAUCUCACCAAAUUGAUGUUGGUCUGCCAUCAUCUACUAACUUCUCAAACAAUUUAGUUCUUGAUAAAGCUCUUGCUCAGGAAUGUUCUUUACUAAGAGAAAAGCAAAGCCAAACUUCAAACGAAAAUAAGACGCAAAGUCCCAUUAAGACAAUCCCUAAAAAAAGGAAAAUACCAGAAUUCAGUAUUCUGUCUGAAGAGAAGCCUCCUGUCAACAAGGAAAGUGUGGUACCACCAAAAAAUAAAGAAAAGGAUAAAAUCCAAGAAGUUAAAGCCCCUCUGAAGAAGAGUGUCUUUGAAAGACUAGGAACAAAAGACCAGUGCAAGAUAGAAGAUAAAGAAAUUGUGCCUGAAAAUAAAACAAGUGAACCUAGGCUAAAUUGCAUUUCAGGCAUACCUUCAAUAAGGGAAAUGGGGGCAACCCUGUCCAAGCUACUAAAGAAUGAUAAUCGUCAAGAACCUUCAACUGCUUCCCACAUAUCUCAAAGUCCUGAUGCAAUGAAGCCCAAGAUAAACUCCCAUUUUUCAAGUGGGGCUUACCAAAGUGCAAACUCUGAAAACUGCACUGUGCCUAAAAGCAGUCUUUUAGGAAACAGUCCCUCCAAAAUCUUGGCUUCCAGCAUGAGUGAAUCUUUAAAGUCUAGUAUUAAUCUCAACAGUCCAGUUGAAGUAGCCAUCGUGCCACCUCCAAUUGAAAAGAAUGUACAUGGUUUACACCACUUAAAAACCUCAGUGCCAGACCAGUCCCAAAGUUGCUCAGUUAAUGUGGAAUGUGACUCUACAAGUCAAAAAAUUGUCCUCCAGGGUUUAUCAGAAAGAGUUGAACCUUCCACUCAACCAUCUGUAGACUUACCAGCUUUACCAUCAGAAAAAGAAGACUUUGCGGAUAAAAUUAGUUCAACUGGGCAAAUAUGUUUUCAGCCUCCACUACCCAAUGAAGCUCCUAAGCCUCUACCACCCUUACCUUUGACUUCGCCACCACCAACCCCAAUGAAAAAUCAGAGCACACAUUGUGUGUCCAAAGGUAAAGAAGAUGUGUUUCUAUUAAAAAAUGUGGACAAUCAACCCCUAAAUCUUACUAAAAGCUGUCAAGGAGAUACUGCUAAAGGUACAGAAGAUGUGUUUCCAUUAAAGAAGGGGGACAAUCGACCCCUUAAUCUUACUAGAAACUCUCGAGGAGAUACUGCAAAAGAUACAGAAGAUGCGUUUCUAUUAAAAAAGGUGGACAGUCAACCCAAUCUAAAUAUUAUUAAGAACAGUCAAGAAGAGACUGCAAAAGGUUCGGAAGAUGUGUUGCUAUUAAAAAAGGUGGACAGUCAACCCAAUCUAAAUAUUAUUAAGAACAGUCAAGAAGAGACUGCAAAAGGUUCGGAAGAUGUGUUGCUAUUAAAAAAGGUGGACAGUCAACCCAAUCUAAAUCUUUCUAAAAACAGUCAAGGAGAGAUUCCAACUUUAAAACAAUUAUCUGAAAAUAUAAACAAGCCUUGCUGGUCAAAUGAAAAUCUUUUUAUACAGUGUCCAUUCAAACCUCGUCGAAGAGCUAAGUCAGUUGUAUUACAUCUUGUAGAUCCUACGGAUACAGGCAGCCCUUCACAUUGCAUUGCAAAACAAGAAGUAAAUAUGAAAAAUACAGCAAGUUCUAUCGGCAGCAAGAUGCCAGACCAUAAAUUUAAGAAGACUCCUUUGAAGAAAACUGACAGUUAUGAAAACAGGCUUUCAGUGGAAUCUCGAUCAUACCACUAUCAACGUUCAGUGUAUAGCAGCAGACACUUAUCAUCUGUGAAAUCAUUCUCUCAUUUGCCCGAGAGACGCAGUCCUUCAGAGCUACUCAGUGGUAGAAGUGGGAGAAUUGAACGCCUCUCUCAUCAAGAUAAAAUCCGUAUUCGUUUGCGGGACCGACGAUCACGAAGUCUUAGUCCCCAGAGGCGGAGGACCAAGCAAGAUGGUUACAGAACCAGAAAUGCACAGAGCUCUGAAUUUAUCCGACGAAGUAGUCGGAGAGUUCAAGAAAUGAAAAAUGAAAGGUAUCAGGAGCAGAAGAAAACUAAAUCUGCAACUAUCAAUAGCAAACGACCGAAUGGAAAUGAAAAAGAAAAACAAAAUACAAAAUCCAAGUCAUACUCUCAAAGAAUGGCAGAUUUGUUUGGAGAAUCAUCACCCGAACCUGAAGAAAAACCUUCAAGACAUUCUGGGGAAAAAAGCAAAAUUCACGAUGAAGCCAUAACUACUGUACAGCCUAGUUGCUCUAAAAACCAUUCCCCUUUUAUCUCUACAAAGUGUAGCCCAGAGAACAAGUCUUCAGAAAAGGAUGCUACGAAUCCAAAAACAACUACAGAAGAGAGUGUUGUUGUUAUUAGACACAGACGUAAACCAAGAUCACUGAUGAACCUUUCAAACAGUGAUGGUAGUUCUGUUACACCUACUGACAAUUCUAGUAAAUCUCCAAGUUGCCCUGCACAAGCUUCGACAAAUACUUUUGCUUUUUGUUCUGAAAAGACUAUAAAUUUACCAAACAACACACAAAAGCAAAGCAACUGUUUGCUUUCCAAAGAGUAUGUGGCAAGACCCUUAUAUUUCAGUGAACGUGAAUCCAGAAAAAGACGGUUUAGUGAUGAUAGUUUGCUGGAUUGUGAAUUUUCUGGAGAUUCUGAGGAGAGUUCAAUGAGGACAGACUCUGAUGAUUCAUACUUGCCACACAAGUCCCCAAGAAAAGCGACAAAGCAAAGAUCUGUGAAAAGAAUGAGGUAGUACACAAUGUGGAAUUUUUCUUUAUUAUGUAAAGCUUGAUAAGGGAAAUGGGAUAGUUAUUGCUUGCAAUGCUGCUUCCCUUGACUCCCACAAUUAAGAUUGUGAUCAGACUGGAUGGAACUGUUUUAGUUAUACUUCAUUUUAUACUGUUUGUUAAGGGACUUUUAAAAAAUGCUUCUGAACUGAUGUUCUUUCCUUUUAUUGUUUAAAAAGUAAAGUAAUUACUAUCUCUAC